UCUUUGAGGUGUCAUAGGUUCGGAGGGCGCAGGGUGGGAGCGGCUGGCAGGGCUGUGAGCGCGGACUGCGAGACUCCCAGGUACCAGCGCGGUGCACCCCGGGGCAGCGGCCACGAGUAUGACACGGCACUGUGCAGGGUAAUGUGCCAGACCAGACAUGCCUUACGUGGAUCGACAGAAUCGCUAUUGUGGCUUCCUGGACAUCGAGGAGCAUGAAAAUAGUGGGAAGUUUCUGCGCAGAUAUUUCAUUCUGGACACCAGUCAGAACAGUCUUCUCUGGUAUAUGGACAAUCCACAUAAUCUGCCUGCUGGUUCCCCUUCUGUAGGAUCUCUCAAGCUGACUUACAUUUCAAAGGUCAGCGAUGCCACCAAACUCCGACCAAAAGCUGAAUACUGCUUUGUAAUGAAUGCUGGCAUGCGAAAAUACUUUCUCCAGGCCAAUGAUCAGCAAGACUUGGUAGACUGGGUCAAUGUGCUCAACAAGGCCACCAAAAUUACAGUACCAAAGUCUUGUGAACAACCAUGUCCUGCAGAUGCCUUGAACAAUCAGCUAGAGAACAGCAAAAAACAGAUCUCUUACCGAACUGACAUAGUGGGGGGUGUACCCAUUAUUACUCCAACUCAGCAAGAAAUCAGUGAGUGUGCCAAUACUGGUGACCGAAACAAUCUAAAACGCUCCCAGAGCCAGCUCCCAUCCUCCCCCUUGCGCCCUUCGGAGAGCAGUGCAAUAAAGGCAGGAUACUGUGUGAAGCAAGGAGCUGUGAUGAAAAACUGGAAAAGAAGAUAUUUUAUUUUAGAUGAGAACACAAUAGGAUAUUUUAAAUCUGAAAUGGAGAGGGACCCUCUUCGCCAGAUACAGUUAAGGGAGGUGCAAAAGGUCCAAGAGUGCAAACAAAGUGAUAACAUGAUGAGGGAUAACCUUUUUGAAAUUGUAACCAGUUAUCGAACAUUUUAUGUGCAGGCUGACAGCCCAGAGGAAAUGCACAGCUGGAUUCGAGCCAUUUCCGGUGCAAUUGUGGCACAGCGUGGACCAGCUAGAUCUGCAGCAUCUAUACGACAGGUCAGACGCCUUUCGAACCCUUGUAUUUCGAGGAGGCCUCCACCUCACACUCUGACUUCAACCUUCCCUUUCGCGCCAGCAGUGUCCCACACUCAGCCGCCAGACUUCAGCUCUCUGACCCAGGGCCCUCUUAUCGUGAGAGAGAGGAAUAUAGCACAGUCACCAAGACCCAGUCAGGACAUGUCAAGGUCCCGGCUUUCUCUGCAAGAAAUGAGUCUAGCAAAGUAGGCCCCUCCGUGCCAAGUGCCCAGCAUGUCUUAUUUCCAGACCACGUGGACCUUGAUGAUCUCAGCCUGCCAGUCACUGAUGUCUAAACUUCUUUAUCGUCAACUACGCAGAAGAAGGGAUCCUGGAGCAACAUGCAGCUUUACCUAUAGUUCAUCUCGAUUCAAACCUCCAUCUUCUGACCCACCUCUUGCCUCCAGUAGGUGCCACCAGAUUUUGCUUUGACAGGCCUGUCACUGCAAAUGAGUGGCUUGUACAAGCUUAAGACGCACAUUCCCUAUAAAACUGUUGAACUUUCUUCUCCUGUAGCUGAAACGAGGGUUAUAACUAGGAUUUCCGUUUGUAUGGAAAUGUGACUUGGGUCACUACGUGUGAGCAUGCCAAAUAUGGUGUAGAGUGCCUUGUUGCUCUUACAAAGGGUUAUUUCAAACUGUUGAUUCUGUGAGUUGUAAAAUGUGGCAUAAGCUAGACUUGGUGCCAUCACGAUGCAUCCAAUCCAUGAGUGAUACAGAGUAUGAGAUUUUAACUGCUUUUAAAUAUCUAACUCAGUAUUUAUAGUACUCAGAUUAACCUAUUUGCACCCGGAGAAAGAUGCAAAGCAAUAACCAGUCUCCUUGAGGGCAGAGGUAGGUAAUGUUGAAAUAUGUGACCCUUCUUAUAUUUUGCACAUUCUAUGCCAGUGCCACAAGUGGGAAAGGCUGUCGAUGAAUAGCGUUCAUGAAAACCAUUUUUUUAUAUCUAUAGCCAUAUCUAUAGAAAGAUUUUAUACUAUAUAAAAUCUGUAGAUAUAGCUAUAAAUAUACAUUUAUUUUGUUUUUUAUUUUAUUUAUAUUUUGUUGUAUCUACCAGGUGUCAGGUACCACCAAGAGCUGGAUUUGUUAAAGCUAUUUUGUAUUAGAGCUCUGCACUCCCUGUGCCUCUUACAUGGUUCAAGGUUGUUGUGGUUAUUAUACCUGGUUUAUUAUUAAAAAAAAAAAAAAAAAAAAUUUGAGCCAGAUCCUGUUUCUGCACUGUUGGUUUUUGUCUCAAGUGCCUGCUGAACUCUUGCUUAAUUUUAUUUUUAUUUUUUUAAGAUUUUUGUGAAUAGCUGGAUAUUAAGCGAUCUGCUGUAGCCCUGUGCUUCCCUUCAAUUAUUCCUGGUUGGAAACGUGUUGUUUUUUUUUCAUAUAUCCCACCCUCCACUUCCCCAUUUUUAUAAUUUUUGGUGGGUGUGUUCUAAUUUAUAAAAGUCUCUUCCUAGAUGUGGGUGGUGCAUACACCCAUUUGAAAUAUAACUGUAUAUCACUUGAAAUAAACAUAUUAAUUUUCAGUAA